GCGUCUCCAGCGCCGGAGCGGCCCCGCUUGUCCGGCCCAUCUGUAUCCGGGUCUCGGCAACUCCUGGGCGGCCCCCUGCGCGGCGCCCGCCCCCUCCGUCCUCCGAGGCGGAGCAGCGUCUCCUCUCCGAGCCGGAGCCGCGCCACCUCUGCGCUGCCCGAUAAACAGAAAUGUCUCACUCUGAAAACAAAGGGCUGAUAUUAGGCAUAAUGGCAGGGGCUGCUGGAAUCAGCUUGGUACUGGUUUGGUAUCACAAGAUCCGAAAAUCUGGGGCAACUGUAAAUUUUCCUGCGUUUCUAGAUUUACGCAACAGAUUUCAGUAUGAGUUUCAUUUUGCAAAUCUACAUAAUGAGCAAGGAACAGUAAUGGCUUUACAGGGAAGACAGCUUCAGAUACUGGAAAAAUUGAAUGACUUACUACUGAAUGUGGAAGAACUGAAGAGAGAAGUGAAGUUUCUUAAAGAAGCUGUUCCAAAGCUGGAAGAGCUUGUUCAAGAUGAACUGCAAGGAAAGGCUGGUGUUCGUCGGAUUAGCCCUUUACACAGAGCCACCAGAAAAAGAAGAGCUGAGACAGUUUAUGGUGCAACAGAAACUACCAGCUCUGAGGAGGCAGAUAGUGAAGGAGGCUAUAUUACAGCUCACACUGAUACUGAAGAAGAAUCUGAAGAAAGGGGAUGGAUUAAUUUACCUGCAGCAUCUGCAAGAACAGAAAAGGAAACAGAAUUAUUUAAUCUUCUGCAGCAGGUGGACAGUUUGCAUUGUGGUUCAGAUGAUGAUAAAAAGGAGAGCUUCAGACUGUUACUUGAACAAGAGGAAAAGUAUGGAAACCAUCAGGGGUUUCUUUGGAGACUUGCACGAGCUUACGGAGAUAUGUUUGAGAUGACGACAGAUGUUGAAGAAAAGAAGAAAUAUGUUGCUGAUGGAAAAAUUGUAGCUGAAAAAGCUAUUCAGGUGGAUACCAUGUGCGCUGAUAGCCAUCAAUGGUUUGCAAUUAUGUGCGGCUAUAUGUCUGAGUUUGACAGUAUACAAAACAAAAUCAAGAAUGGCUAUCUCUUUAAGGAGCAUCUAGACAAAGCAAUUGAACUUAAACCUCAAGAUCCUUUUUUAUAUUACCUAAAUGGAAGAUGGUGCUAUUCAGUAGCACAGUUGUCUUGGAUUGAGAAGAAAGUAGCCACUACUCUUUUUGGGACUCCACCAACUUCAACAGUACAAGAAGCUUUGCAGAGUUUCCUUAAGGCUGAAGAACUGCAUCCUGGAUAUUCCAAAUACAAUUAUGUGUAUUUGGCAAAGUGCUACAAAGAUCUUGGCCAGAGAAGCAAUGCACUGAAAUACUGUGAUUUUGCAUCAUCAGUGUUACCAGUUACCAAUGAGGAUAAAGAGGCCCAGAAAGAUUUAGAAGCUUUACUUCCAAUGCUGCAGCUGUGACGAAAAGCACUUCUAGCUCUUCAUGCUGUGAUGAUAUUGUAGAAGAACCAUAGAAACUAAUCACUCGGAGUCUGAUCCAAAGCUCGUUGAAGCUAGUGGAAAGACUACCAUUAACUUCAGUCAUUUUUGGAUCAGGCCCUGUAAGUGGAUGGCAAUUUGGGUAUGAAAAUGAUGCAUUAUAUCUUUUUGAUUCAUAGCUUUAUUUUUAAUUUUUGGAUCUACAGUUUGUUUUAAAUUUUUCUUUCCGGAAAUAUAGUCUCUCUUUAUGAAGUCCACUGCUGGCAAUGGACACCACAUAGGCAAGAACGCCAAAUGCAUUAACUGUGUUCUUGGAAGGAUUAAUCAACUAAACUGCAAUGCUAGCACAGGAUUAUAUGGAGCAAUUAAUUUGUUUCUACAUUAAAUUAUGUUUCUAUGAAUUGAUCUAUAUAAAUGUAUGUGAAGGUACAUCAUAAACAUAUGUAUGUGUGUGCCUCUGCUUUUAUUCACAAGAAAUGUAUACGACUGAUGGAAGUUAAGGAAAAAGGGAUAGACUUAAAAAACUAUUUUUACUUUAGCCUAUUUUUGAUUUUAGAUGGAAAUGUGAAAACUAUAUAAAUCAUGUUUUAAAGUCAUAUUUUAUGUUACUUGAAAGGAAAAUAUUAAAAAUUGGACCAA